ACGCAGGAAACCUCUCCGCCGAGAUGAAGUAAGUAAACCAGGCGUGCAUGCGUUACGGUAACGUCUGUUUCGAGCGUUUACGCAAACCACAUUGCAGGUCUACCGGCGGUGGACUUCUUGGGGGCGCCAAGGGCCGAGUGCUCGCCCUACUCGGCCCUGCAAGCACCGUACCGGCGCGGCCUGCGCCCUUCGUGAGCAGCCACUGCGAAAGCGACUCCCAGCAACCACACACCUCAGCUGUGACUGAGGUGUCACAGCCAGGCGACACCUCAGUCUCUGCAGCCUCAGCACCUCAGCAGCAACCACCAUCUGCGAGCACCGGCGUUACAGGAAGAAGGUGUACUGCCAGCCGGCCUCCAAGAGCUACAUCAAGAGGCCGCUUGCUGCAGCAGGCUGUGGGGGACACCGCGAAAAGGGUCACCCUCGCAGCUGCACGAAAUGAGCUAGCCGAAAAAUUAUUGGAGGAGUCCCGCAAGGUGAGAUGGCAGUGCUGAUAGAGUGUGUACGUGUAAUUCAACCCGAGCGAAUGAAUUUUUGCCGCAGCCGAGUGCAGAUGUG